AUGCCGGAGUCUUACGAGGCGUCAACGAGCACGCACAAGUUGGACGGUCAAGCGGGAUGGAAUGGCCGGGCCAACGGCGCAAACGGCUUCCCUAGCUUUCCGAAACACAUCUUCUCGUCUCCCAAUGCGAACGAUGUCUUUCCGAGAUCGACGACCCCUCUCCCACCUGCAUCUGCGACCGUCUCGGGCGGCAGUUCCAUCGACUGGACGCAAGAAUACGCACGAGAACGCCUGCGCAAGUCACUCAUCCUGGCGACACCCGGUCUGCGGGGCGUCAUUGUCCGGCUGUGGGACGCGAGCAAGCCAUGGGUCGUAGUCGUGUUGACGGGAAUGGCGACGGGGGUCAUCGCGAGUUGCCUCGACAUACUGAGUGCCUGGCUCAGCGAUUUGCGGCUAGGCGCGUGCAGAGACAUGUGGUGGAUGAGCCGAGGGUUGUGUUGUGCAGGGCUAGAUCCGCAAGAGACGUGCCGUGCAUGGCGGACAUGGGGUGAGAUCGUCGGCGACGAGAAGCACGUCGUUCUGCGCGCCUUGACGCAGUAUAGCGUCUACAUGGCUUUCGCCGUCGCCUUCGCCCUCGUCUCGUCGGCUUUCGUCAACGUGUUCGCCCCCUUCGCCUUCCACACCGGCAUCCCCGAGAUCAAAGUCCUCCUCGGCGGCUACAUCAUGGACGGGUUCCUUUCGCCCGUCACGCUGCUCAUCAAGUCACUCGGCCUGCCUCUCGCCGUCGCAAGCGGCCUCAGCCUCGGCAAGGAAGGACCGCUCGUCCACGUCGCUUGCUGCAUCGGCGAUGCGAUGUUGCGGCCGUUCGCCUCGCUGCGCAACAGCGGAGCUCGCAAUCGUGAGAUUCUUUCUGCGGCCGCCGCUGCCGGAGUCUCGGUUGCUUUCGGCGCGCCCCUUGGCGGAGUCUUGUUCUCGCUCGAGGAGAUAUCGACCUUCUUCCCCGGCUCCACCCUCUGGCAAUCUUUCGUCUGCGCCAUCGUCGCCGCCGUCACGCUUCAGUACAUCGACCCAUUCAACACCGGCAAACUCGCGCUGUUCACCGUUCACGCCUCGCAGGUAUGGCGAGGCUUCGAGCUCGUCCCCUGGCUCUUGCUCGGCACCGCAGGCGGUGUCUGGGGGGCGUGGUUCAUUCGCCUGAACGAGGAAUGGGAGCGGCUGCGAAGAGCGUCGGGCAUGCGUCAAUGGCCAAUCACGGAGGUCAGCGUCCUCGCGCUCUUCACGUCGGUCGUCUCCUACCUCGUCAUCUACAUGCGCAUCCCGUCGGCCGAGCUCGUCGUCAAUCUCUUCCAGGACUGCGGCGGUGUCGACCCGUACGGCCUUUGCGACGUUUCCAACACUUCGUCCAUCGUCUUCCUCCUCCUCCUCACCGCCUUCGCUAAGACCCUACUUACGGCCGUCACCUUCGGCGCGUCCAUACCAGCCGGCAUCUUCCUUCCCUCGCUUACGAUCGGAGCUUGCGCCGGUCGCGCUGUUGGCCUCGUCAUGCACCAGAUCCAGAAGGCCAACGCUGAGAGCUGGAUCUUCGCCGACUGUCCGGCCGACGGCGGGUGCAUCAACCCGAGCGUGUACGCCGUCAUUGGCGCGGCGAGCGCACUGGGCGGCGUGACGAGGAUGACGAUCAGUCUCGUCGUCAUCCUGUUUGAGUUGACGGGAGCCAUCGACAUUGUCUUACAGCUCAUGAUGGCGGUCAUGGUCGCCAAGUUCACGGGCGACUACAUCUCGAAGGAGGGCAUCUACGAGACGUGGAUCAACCUCCGCAACUACCCCUUCCUGAACAAUAAAGCCGACUACCGCCGUGACACGGUCCUCGCUCGGCACGUCAUGACGCCUUCGAAUGAGCUCGCCUGCAUCAGCGAUGAGGGCUGGACCCUUUCGCGACUUGAGGCGUUGCUGGAUGAAUCCGAGUACCGGGGCUUUCCUGUGGUCCGGACGGAGCGCGAUCGCCUGGUUAUCGGUUACAUCAGUCAAGCGGACUUGCAGGACGCCAUAGAUCACGCUCGGCGAGUUACCGCAGUAUCGUCAACAACGUUGUGCUACUUCAGCGCUCCGGACCGCCGAGGACGACGAGCCCGCGGCGAGCAGAUCCCGAUACCCCUCGACCCUGCACGAGCGUCAACGACCGCCACCUUCGAACUCGACCUCGAGGCUUCACGCCGGAGAAGCACCCCUGCGGCUGAGGAGCGAGACGGUCCGACGUCAGGCGGAGCUUCGGGAGAGCCGUGGAUCAGCUUGGUGCCCUGGAUGGACGAGAUACCCGUCAACCUCAGCCAGGACACGCCAAUGGAGGUCGUCGUGCAGAUGUUUCAGCGGCUGGGCUUGCGCUUCGUCCUUCUCACAAGGCGCGGCAUGCUUGCGGGUUUGCUCACAAAGAUGGAUUUGCACCGACACAUCCAGGGAGAUCGGGACGACGAGCGCGGCAGCCUGUUCUUCCCUCGCUCGCAUCAGGACGAGGCGGAUCCUCGGCCAAGUGAGACGCCGCUGAUGGAGCGUGCACGGCAUGUAGAGCAGGCGAAUAGAUAG